CUGGUCCUAUCAGCUAUCAGGUGGGGUACUUGUACCCUUCUUCUGGUUCGUUUCAAAGAUUCCUACUCUCUUUUGGUCUCUCCUAUCUCCUUUUUUCUCUCUUCUUCCCAACCAAAUUACUACUACUAUUACCAUACUACUUCUUCUUCUCUUUUUUUUAUAUUUAUUUAUCCCUAAAACCUACCACCAUAAAACUCAUUCACCAAAUCAAAUUUGUUUUUUUGUUUUUGUUUUUGAGUAGGCAUAGAACCAUAUUAAUUAUUUGUUUGUUUGGGGAUUUUUAUUGAAUUAAACAAGAAUGACAGGUCCAAAUAUGGCUACCAUCACAGCUUCGCUAGAGAGAUCUCUACAAAAUUGUUCAUUGAACAACAACUUGAGUGGGGUCAUCCCUGCCGAUGGAUUUUCUGAUUCAUCGGAAAAUCAUGUUUUGAAUAACAACCCUUCUGAUGAUGCUACCUUAGACCUCAAUUCUGAGAUUUCUUUGCCUUACCACUGGGAACAAUGUUUGGAUUUGAAGACAGGGGAAAUUUAUUAUAUAAACUGGAGGGCAGGGAUGAAAGUGAAAGAAGAUCCAAGAAUAAAUGGUGAUGAAGUGUACGGUGGUGAUUUAUACUCAGAAGAAGAAGAAGAAGAAGAAAGCUUGUAUGAUAGUGAUGAAGGAUCUUCCACAGAAGAGUCAUCAUUUUUAUCUUCAAGAGAACCCCAAAUUAGCCAUAAUAUUGGCAACAACAGUGGCAAAAGUGGAGCAGCAGUAUUAGUGGUGGGUGGUUGCAAAAGCUGUUUGAUGUAUUUCAUGGUGCCUAAAGAAGUUGAUGAUUGUCCCAAAUGUUGUGGUCAACUUCUCCACUUUGAUCGAUCCGAAAAUGGCUCCCCUUAAAAAAACGAAAAAGAAAAAACCAAGAACAUGAAAUAUUGAUUUGUUUUGUCUUUUCCACUUUUUUUUUUCUUAAUAGAAGUUUGUUUUGGUCGUAUAAUAUAAAACUACUAUGUAGUAGUUACUUGUUGAUGUGUUUUUUCCUAAGGAAAGACAAAACAACCCAUCAUUUUUUAAAAAGUAUUUAUCGUGUAA